UGCGCUGAGGCAUUGAGGAAAAUAGCAGUGUAUGAAAGCAUCACCUUUUCGCUCAGAGCUUUUAUAAUACAUAUAUAUAAAUAUAUAUGUAUAUAUUCUGUGUAUCUGGACUAUCCCCACCUGCUGCUACCAUCAAACAACCUAACAAUGCCAUUGAUCAGUUUGUCCUUUUUUUUCCUGGGUUUGGUUGUGACUUCUGUCACAGCAGAUGAGACAUCAGCAAGGAACGGUUCUGACAAUGCUCCAAAUGAAUCUGCCAGUACUGUCAAUUAUUCCACUGUAUCACCCUCCACUGUAUCAGCCACCAUCGGUGUCACCAGUACCACCAUUCUCACUAUCACUGGUACCAUGAACAACACAGAGGGCACCAUGUCAACCUUAGCAACAACGCAGGAAGAAGGGGGAAGCUCUCAAAGUGUCGGGACCCAAAGUACAUCCCCAACCACCUCACCUAAAAGAACCAAACCUGAUCCAACUAAAAGAACCAAACCUACCACCAAAACAAGCAGCAAGAACAAAAAACCCACUGCUAUGCCGAAUAAGUUGAAUGCAAAUGACAGCGUCGGCAUUACCAUCCUAGUUAUAAUCAUCCUCGUAGUCAUUGGAUUUGGAGUUGCCUGCUACAUCGUACGGAGGAGAUCAAGGCAGCGUUACUCUGUGGAUUUCACCUCCAGACCCGAUGGAGCCAACAUCCCUCUCAGCACUGUGGAGCCUGAGCUGUCGGUUGAUGCUGCACCUCAGAACGGUCUGAAAACCUUUGAAAGUGCAGAAACUACCAAAGAGCCACAGGAACCAGAGGCCAAACCUGAAGUACAGGAGGAGCAGAAAGCUGAGGCUGACAAAUCUGUUGAUGAUCCCAGCGCUGAGUCUGCAGCUCCGGCUCCAUCCCCAGACAGCUCUGAGGACAAACCCAAAGAGGAGGUCGUUGAGCAGAGUGUGGAUGAGAAAACCGAUGACGAAGGCGCUGUCUCCAACAAGACCUCUGUGGAGUCGCUGAAGGAGACGAAUGAGAACAACAGCAACAAUGCUGACAUCAGUCAGACAAGAGAUAUGAAGAUGAGCAGCAUGUUUUGGGACAUUCCUCUCAAUUGUCCGGUGUGAGACAUUUCGCAUAUCUGCCCCGUGCCGUUCUUCAGGAACUCGAUUGAAGAAGUUACAGCAGUGGAGAUGGACACGUCUACUUGACGUUGUGUCAAAUCUAGUGGGCUGUUUCUUCCUUGUUGUAAAUAAAUGUAUUGUAACACAGCAGCUUUUUCAAAGUUAAACAACAGCAGAACUAAGUGUUUUAAAGAUUUUACUGAUUGAACUGAAUUUGUGUGUUUUGCAAACGGUCACAAUUUACUGGGUUUGUAUACUAUAUGUUAUUACUUUAGUACAGUAAUAUACGUAUUACAGUAUUUUGGUACACAUUUUUUAAUUAUGCUAAGUAUGAUAUAUAUAUAACAAGACAAUAUAGGAUUGUCAGAUUUAAAUCAGUGGUCUUGUUUCAAUUUAGGAUGCAAUGUUAUUUUUGAAGAUUCUUCAUUUUGCUUUCCCUUGAUGUUCUGAUUUGGUUGUGUUAAAGUUUCGGUUAUGCUAAUAAAAAUUGCCUUGUAUGACAUGAAUGUAUUAAAGAAAAUAAUUCUUACUAUGUACCUAAAUAAAUAUAACUUGAUUAACAUUAUAUAACAUCAUGUAACCUUCAAUAAUUCAUAUAGAACUUUAUCCACAAACGUUAUUCACAAGUUUCUGAUGUAGAUAAAUAAACCAUAUAUACUUGAA